AUGUCUGCUGAAUUUUUGAAAUCAUUAUCAAAUGAUUUUGUUAAAUUACUCUCUAAUGUUGAAGACUAUAAUGUCAUCAUUAAAGUUGGAGAGUCUCCAAAUAUUUUACACUUUAAAGCUCAUUCCUGCGUAUUACGUGCCAGGUCAACUUACUUUCAUUCAGCUUUGUCUAGUGAUUGGGUUAAGACUGAUGGAAACUUUAUCGUGUUCGAAAAAUCUAAUAUCUCUCCAGAAGUUUUUCAAAUGAUUUUAAAAUAUUUGUAUUCUGGUACUAUUUGUCUCGAAAAUCAAAAUCCAACUCGUUUAAUAGAUCUCUUAGCUGCCGCUGACGAAUUGAUUCUCACCGAACUCGUAAAUUAUUUGAAAGAAUAUCUUUUAACAUAUCAUGACCAAUGGAUUCGUGGAUUUCUUGGUAAUUGGACUAAGUCGUUGGAUAGUUUUACUUUUUCUUUGGGCGUUGAAAGUGAAAACCUAAAAAAUUCAAAACUAAGUAGAAUUAAACAAAGUAAUUCUAGAAUGGCCAUAUUUAGUGCCGAUGUUCGUGGUCCAUGUUUUGGUAAUAGAGAUUUGUGGAUGCCAAAUUACAAUAACUUAUCGAAAAAAUGUUCAAGUAGAAAUUCGUAUUACGAAAAAAAUAUAAUUGAUUCUCAAGAAUUUGAUAUAGAAGAUUACGAAGUCUUUCAGGUUUCUCAAAAACAUUUAGUCAAAGAAAGAAAGAUAUAA